AGGACAACAAAAGGAACCAGUUUCAAACAAAGAAGGGGACUAGACAACAAAACUCCCUCCUCCAGCUUCUUCAGCAUCUUCAUUCUCCAUCCUGUGAACUCUGGGCCUCUUCACGUCUUCUGCAGAAACAACAGGACUAAAAGGGAAGAGGACAAAGACGAGAGGACGUCAGGAGGUUUUUAUUGAGAGAGCCCUCACAUGGUGACUUCUGAUGUCCUGCUAUCCACCUGAAGCUGAAACAUGGUCAUUCUGCAACAGGGGGACUAUGUGUGGCUGGACCUUAAAACGGGUCGAGAGUUUGACGUCCCGGUGGGAGCCGUGGUCAAACUGUGCGACUCGAGACAGAUCCAGGUCCUGGACGAUGAAGGGAAGGAGCACUGGAUCUCUCCUCAGAACACCAACAUCAAACCCAUGCACCCGACCUCUGUGCACGGCGUGGAGGACAUGAUCCGCCUGGGAGACCUGAACGAAGCCGGCAUCCUCCGAAACCUUUUGAUCCGCUACAACGAGCGCGUCAUCUACACGUACACGGGCUCCAUCCUGGUGGCGGUGAACCCGUACCAGCUGCUCCCGAUCUACACCCCCGAUCAGAUCCGCCUCUACACCAACAGGAAGAUCGGAGAGCUGCCGCCGCACAUCUUCGCCAUCGCAGACAACUGUUACUUCAACAUGCAGAGGAACAACAAGGACCAGUGCUGCAUCAUCAGCGGUGAGUCUGGAGCGGGGAAGACGGAGAGCACGAAGCUGAUCCUGCAGUUCCUCGCUGCCAUCAGCGGGCAACACUCCUGGAUCGAGCAGCAGGUCCUGGAGGCCACGCCCAUCCUGGAAGCGUUUGGUAAUGCCAAGACCAUCCGUAACGACAACUCCAGUCGCUUUGGGAAGUACAUCGAUAUCCACUUCAACAAGAGAGGAGCCAUCGAAGGAGCCAAGAUCGAGCAGUACCUGCUGGAGAAAUCCAGAGUGUGCCGACAGGCUCCGGAUGAGAGGAACUACCACGUGUUUUACUGCAUACUGAAGGGCAUGGCUCCAGAGAUGAAGGUUAAACUGGGCCUGGGUCUCGCAUCUGACUACUCCUACCUCACCAUGGGUAAAUGCACAGCGUGUGACGGUCGGGACGAUCUGAGGGAUUACUCCAGCAUCCUGUCGGCCAUGAAGGUUCUGAUGUUCACCGAGACGGAGAACUGGGAGAUCUCCAAGCUGCUGGCCGCCAUCCUGCACAUGGGGAACCUGCGCUACGAGGCUCGUACGUACGACCACCUGGACGCCUGCGUGGUCGUCAAAUCUCCAGACCUGGUGACUGCUGCUUCACUGCUGGAGGUGGACCCGAAGGAUGUGAUGGUGUGUCUGACCACCAGGACUCUGAUCACACGAGGGGAAAGUGUCGCUACGUCGCUCAGCGUGGAGCAGGGCCUGGACGUCAGGGACGCCUUCGUCAAGGGGAUCUACGGGCGGCUGUUUAUCUGGAUCGUGGAUAAGAUCAACGCGGCCAUCUUCAGACCUCCGUCCUGCGAGAGCAACAUCGUGCGGCGCUCCAUCGGACUGCUCGACAUCUUCGGGUUCGAGAACUUCAUCGUCAACAGUUUCGAGCAGCUCUGCAUCAACUUCGCCAACGAGAACCUGCAGCAGUUCUUCGUGCGGCACGUCUUCAAGCUGGAGCAGGAGGAGUACAACCUGGAGGACAUCAGCUGGCAGCAUAUCGAGUUCACCGACAACCAGGACGCUCUGGACAUGAUCGCCAACAAGCCCAUGAACAUCAUCUCGCUCAUCGACGAGGAGAGCAAGUUCCCCAAGGGUACUGAUGCCACGAUGCUGUACAAACUGAACUCGCAGCACAAGCUGAACUACAACUACAUCCCUCCCAAAAACAGCUACGCUACUCAGUUUGGAAUCCAACACUUCGCUGGAGUCGUGAACUACGAGACCAGAGGUUUUCUGGAGAAAAACCGAGACAGCCUCCACACGGACAUCAUCCAGCUGGUCCACUCGUCCAAGAACAAGUUCAUCAAACAGAUCUUCCAGGCGGACGUGGCCAUGGGUGCAGAGACGAGGAAGCGCUCCCCCACUCUGAGCAGUCAGUUCAAGCGCUCUCUGGAGAUGUUGAUGAGGACGCUCAGCGUGUGUCAGCCGUUCUUCGUGCGCUGCAUCAAACCCAACGAGUUCAAAAAACCCAUGUUGUUCGACAGAGAGCUGUGUAUCCGUCAGCUGAGAUACUCCGGCAUGAUGGAGACGAUCCGGAUCCGACGGGCCGGAUAUCCCAUCAGAUACACAUUCGUGGAGUUUGUGGAUCGAUACCGAGUCCUGAUGCCCGGAGUCAAACCGGCCAACAUACAGGAGGAUCUUCGAGGAACGUGUCAGCAGAUCGUUCUCGCCCGGCUCGGGAAAGAUGGAGACUGGCAGAUCGGGAAGACCAAGAUCUUCCUAAAGGAUCACCACGACAUGCAGCUGGAGAUCGAGAGAGACAAAGGCAUCACUGACAAAGUCAUCCUGAUCCAGAAGGCUGUGAGAGGACUCAGAGAGAGGACUCACUAUCUCCGGCUGAGGAGUGCUGUGACUUUGAUCCAGAGGCUUUGGAGGGGCUAUCAGUGCAGGAAGAACUUCCAAAAAAUGCAGUCUGGUUUCCUGCGCCUCCAGGCCGUCUUCAGGUCCAGGAAGUACUUCAGGAGCUACCGGAGGACGCGUCUGCGUGUGAUUCUGAUCCAGGCUCGGUGUCGGGGGUUUCUGAUCCGACAGACGUUCUGGAGGCGUCUCCGCGCCGUUCUGACGCUGCAGGCGUUCACCAGAGGGAUGAUCGCUCGACGCCUCUGCCAGCGGCUCAGGGCAGAGCUGCAGCGCCGCCUGGAGGGCGAGAAGCAGCGUCUUUUCGAGGAGGAGCGUCUGAGGAACCAGAUGACGGCGCGCCGGGCGAAGGUGGAGGCGGAGAGGAACCACCAGGAGAGACUGGUGGUGAUCGCCCAGCAGCAGGAGGAGAGAGAGAGGGAGGAGAGGGAGGAGACCAGGAGGCAGAAGGAGCGUCUGGAGCAGAUGGAGAGGGAGAAGGAGCAGCCGGUGGAUCACUCAGACAUGGUGGACAGGAUGUUCGGGUUCCUGGGAAACUCAGGACCGCUGCCCAAUCAGGAGGGACGGGCACCCGCUGGAUUUGAAGACUUGGAGAACAACCCUCAGGGUGAUGAAGCUGAAGAGGAGGUGAUGAAUGAAGCCCGGCCGCUGCCUGAUGAGGAAGACGAAGAUCUGUCCGAGUACAAGUUCUCCAAGUUUGCAGCGACAUACUUCCAGGGAGUUUCCACUUACACCUACAUCAGAAGAGCUCUGAAACAACCUCUGCUGUUCCACGAGGACGAAGGAGACCAGCUGGCUGCGCUGGCGGUGUGGAUCACCGUGCUGAGGUUCAUGGGAGACUUACAGGAGCCCAAGAGUCAGAUGGCGAUAAACGACGGCAGUGAGAAGAUCCCCGUCAUGACGAAGAUCUACGAGACCCUCGGAAAGAGGACGUACAAGAGAGAGCUGCAGGAGCUGCAGGUGGAGGGGGAGAACAGCACCAUCGACAGCCAGAAGAGGAACAGUGUGAGACAUAAACUGGUGUCUCUCACCCUGAAGAGGAAAUCUAAAAUCACUGAGGAGGUGACCAGACGUCUGACGGAGGGGGAUUACGGCCUGCAGGGGAACAGCAUGCUGGAGGACAGACCCACCUCCAACCUGGAGAAACUCCACUUCAUCAUCGGGAACGCCAUCUUAAGACCCGCCCUCAGGGAUGAGAUCUACUGUCAGAUCUGCAAACAGCUGACUCAGAACUCGUCUAAGAGCAGCCACGCUCGAGGCUGGAUCCUGCUGUCGCUCUGCGUCGGCUGCUUCGCCCCCUCAGAGAAGUUCGUCAAGUAUUUACGGAGGUUUUUGAUCAACGGUCCCCCUGGUUACGCUCCAUAUUGUGAGGAAAGGUUGAGGAGGACGUUUGUGAACCGAACCAGAACUCAGCCGCCAUCUUGGCUGGAGCUACAGGCCACUAAAUCUAAGAAGCCCAUCAUGCUGCCGGUGACCUUCAUGGACGGCACCACCAAGACUCUUCUGGCCGACUCGGCCACCACGGCCUCGGAGCUCUGCAACGCCCUCGCUGACAAAAUAAACCUGAGAGACCGCUUCGGGUUCUCGCUGUACAUCGCGCUGUUCGACAAGGUCUCGUCUCUCGGCAGCGGCAGCGACCACGUGCUGGACGCCGUGUCUCAGUGCGAACAGUACGCCAAGGAGCAGGGCGCGCAGGAGAGGAACGCUCCCUGGAGGCUGUUCUUCAGGAAGGAAAUCUUCAACCCCUGGCACGACCCGGAGGACGACCACACCGCCACCAACCUCAUCUACCAGCAGGUCGUACGGGGCGUGAAGUUCGGAGAGUACCGCUGCGAGAGGGAGGAGGACCUUGCAGAGCUGGCCUCUCAGCAGUAUUUCGUGGAUUACGGUGCUGAGGUCCUCCAGGAUCGUCUGCUCAGCCUCGUCCCGUCCUACAUCCCCGACAGAGAGAUCUCCUCCACCAAGACCACCGAGAAGUGGCAGCAGCUCAUCGUCAGCGCCCACAAAAAGGGACUACACAGUAAACGCAGGCUGAGCACUCAGAAGGUGAAGGAGGACGUGGUGGACUUUGCUCGGUUAAAGUGGCCUUUACUCUUCUCACGCUUCUACGAGGCCUUCAAGUUCUCAGGUCCCAGUCUGCCGAAGAACGAUGUGAUCGUGGCGGUGAACUGGACCGGGGUUUACUUUGUGGACGAGCAGGAGCAGGUCCUGCUGGAGCUUUCCUUCCCAGAGAUCACUGCGGUGUCCAGCAGCAGAGGGGGAAAGCUGCAGGGCCAGAGCUUCACCUUGGCCACGGUGAAAGGAGACGAGUACACGUUCACCUCCAACAACGCUGAGGACAUCAGAGACCUGGUGGUGGACUUCCUGGAGGGUCUGAGGAGGAGGUCUAAGUACGUGGUGGGACUGAUCGACUGCCCCAACCCUGUGGGCGCGGUGGACUCCACCUUCCUGAGUUUCUGUAAGGGGGAUCUGAUCAUCCUGGACGAGCACAGCGGGGAUCAGGUGAUGACGUCGGGCUGGGCUCACGGGAUCAACGACCGCACGAAACUGAGAGGAGACUUCCCUGCUGACUGCGUGUACCUGCUGCCCAGCCUCACCAGGCCGCAGUACGACAUCGUGGCUCUGGUGACGAUGACUCCUAAUCAGAGGCGAGAGUCCAUCGGUUCGUCUCAGCUGAGCGUCUCCGACAUCGAGGACAGAACUAAAGCCUACACGCUGGAGGAGUUCUCCUACGACUACUUCAGGCCUCCUCCGAAGAGCACUCUGAGCAGGGUGAUGAACCCAAAGUCUCGGGGGAAGGAGCGUCUGUGGAGCUGCAGCCGGGAGCCAAUCAAACAGCCGCUGCUGAAGAAGGUGCUCGCCCACCAGGAGCUCUCCCAGGAGGCCUGCCUCGCAUUCAUGGCUCUGAUGAAGUACAUGUGCGACUACCCGUCCAAACGGGCGCGCUCCGUCAACGAGCUCACAGACCAGAUCUUUGAAGGAGCUCUGAAGGCCGAGCCGCUCAAAGACGAGAUCUUCUGUCAGAUCCUCAAACAGCUCACUGAGAACAGCAUCAAGUACAGUGAGGAGAAGGGCUGGGAGCUGCUGUGGCUGUGCACCGGUCUGUUUCCUCCCAGUAACAUCCUGCUGCCUCACGUCCAGAAGUUCCUCCAGGCCAAGAAACAUUAUCCUCUCGCUCCGGACUGCAUGCAGCGGCUCCAGAAGGCCUUACGAAAUGGAUCCAGGAAGUACCCUCCUCACCUGGUGGAGGUGGAGGCCAUCCAGCACAAAACCACGCAGAUCUUCCACAAGGUUUAUUUUCCUGAUGACUCCGACGAGGUGUUUGAAGUGGAGUCGAGCACGAAGGCAAAAGAUUUCUGUCACAACAUCUCCGGACGUCUGCUGCUCAAAUCCUCCGAGGGCUUCAGUCUGUUCGUGAAGAUCACUGACAAGGUCAUCAGUGUGCCCGACGGAGACUUCUUCUUCGACUUUGUGAGGCAUCUGACGGACUGGAUCAAGAAAGCUCGGCAUGUGAAAGACGGUGUCUUGCCUUCUCUGACGUACCAGGUGUUCUUCAUGAAGAAGCUGUGGACCAACACCACGCCGGGAAAAGACACAAUGGCCGACUCCAUCUUCCACUACUACCAGGAGCUCCCUAAGUACCUGCGGGGUUACCACAAGUGUCUGAAGGAGGAGGUGCACCAGCUGGCCGCUCUGAUCUACAGGGUGAAGUUUGAGGACGAUAAAUCUCAGUUCAUCAACAUCUCCAAGAUCCUGAAAGACCUCGUCCCUCAGGACCAGAUCCGACACCUGUCCCCCGACGACUGGAAGAGGUCCAUCAUGUCUCUGUUCAACAAACACUCGGGGAAAUCUCGAGAAGAAGCCAAACUGUCCUUCCUCAAAAUCAUCUACAAGUGGACCACGUUUGGCUCGGCCUUCUUUGAAAUCAAGCAAACAACUGAUCCAAAUUACCCAGAAACCCUCCUGAUAGCAAUCAACAAACAUGGAGUCAGUCUCAUUGAUCCUCAAACUAAGGACAUCCUCACCACUCACCCCUUCACUAAGAUCUCUAACUGGAGCAGUGGAAACACGUAUUUCCACAUCACCAUCGGGAACCUGGUGCGCGGCAGCAAGCUGCUCUGUGAGACCGCUCUGGGUUAUAAAAUGGACGACCUGCUGACCUCGUACAUCAGCCAGAUGCUGACGACGAUGACCAAACAGAGAACGUCCCGGGGCAACAACAAGUGAUCCAUUC